AUGCCUUUCUUCGGGCGUGCAUACUUGUUUCUUCUUCUUUUGCGAGUUUGGUUUGCCCUCUCUCCAAGUUAUCUACAUCCCGAUGAGAACUUUCAAGGUCCAGAGGUUAUAGCUGGUCAAAUCUUCAGCUAUCCUGUCAAGUUAACCUGGGAAUUUACGUCCGAAAAUCCGAUUCGAAGUGUCUUCCCAUUAUGGCCUAUAUAUGGUCUGCCGAUGCUCCUCCUUCGAUGGCUCUGGAUAGGAAAUGGAAAUGAUGGGGAAAUUCCUCCGAUAGCAGUGUUCUUCGCCUUGCGACUGUUGAUGUUGACCUUGAGUUUUGUGCUUGGAGAUUGGGCUAUUUGGGAAUUGGCUGAAUCGAAAAGACACUACAAAAUUGCAGUCUUACUUGUGGCAUCUUCAUACGUUACCUGGACAUAUCAAACACAUACAUUCUCGAACUCGAUAGAAACGUUGGCAGUCGCAUGGAGUCUGAUUUUGAUACAAAAAAUCACGGCAAUUAAGAAGCAUACUUCGGUAUCAUUAUGCGGAAUUCUUGCCUUCGUUGUGGUUUUUGGGGUAUUUAAUCGCAUUACCUUUCCCGCCUUUCUCUUCAUCCCGGGUCUUCGUUUGUUACCACAUUUCAAGAGAAAGCCUUUUUCGCUCGUUUCGAUGAUCCUCUUCGGUCUCCUGGCUACAUUUAUUGCAAUCUCUUUGGAUACGAACUUCUACGCCAAAGUCCCGGUCACUUGGUCCUAUCUUUUCUCCCAUCCAACAAUUACACCAUUUAAUAAUUUAAAGUAUAAUCUCGCACCGGAAAAUCUUGCGCUUCACGGCCUACAUCCAUGGUAUCAACAUAGUCUAAUAAAUCUCCCACAAUUAUUGGGACCUGCCACAAUACUUCUCUUCUUACGACCUGUGGCUCCUCUUCGACUUUGCUCUGCUAUCUCGGGUGUAGUUGUUCUUUCAUUUUUCAAACACCAGGAGGCACGAUUCUUGCUUCCAGCCAUUCCUUUAAUAUUGUCAUCUGUAAGAUUACCCAAAUCAGGAAUUUCUUUGCGUAUCUGGGUUGGGUUGUGGAUUUCCUUUAAUGUUUUACUGGGUCUUUCGAUGGGUGUAUACCAUCAGGGAGGAGUUGUCCCAACUCAAGUCUUCUUGAGCAAACAAUUAGACGCCACUCACGCUUUUUGGUGGAAAACUUAUAGUCCACCCAUUUGGCUACUGAACGGCAAAAAUGAAGUGCUCGACACUCAUGAUCUCAUGGGCAUCAGAGGAGAGCUCAUGAUAGAAGAGGUCAGCAAACUAGCAACUUGUCUUCCCAAAUCCGGAGAAGAGCUUACAGAAGCUACCUAUCUUAUCGCACCCACAUCUGCCACUUUCCUAGAUAAAUAUACGGCAAAUCAGACAGAUCUGUACUUUGAGGAGAUUUUCACAUACAAAAAGCAUCUCAAUCUGGAUGAUAUGGAUUUUGGGGAUGAUGGGUUCUGGAGUACGAUCACGAGGGUAAUUGGGAGGAGGGGAAUUGCGGCGUGGAGAGUUACGAUGAAAUGCCCGGAAGAAACGAAGGGUAUGGAUGAAUCGGGAGAUAUCACGGAGAAUGGAGAAAGUAGUUAG